UACUGCAAGGUCCAACGUAUGUUGACUUUGUUGUUUUUUGACGUUGAUCUCAUAUCUUUUUCCCCCUUUAUAGAGUCAAAUACAGAUGUUUGACGAUGAAUGUCGUAUUGGCUGUGAAGCAGUAUGUUGCGAAAAUGAUAGAGGAAAGUGGUCCUGGCAUGAAGGUACUCCUUAUGGACAAAGAAACGAUCAGCUUUGUAACCAUGGUGUAUGCUCAGUCUGAAAUCCUACAGAAGGAAGUCUAUCUGUUUGAAAGAUUAGACUCUGCGAACAGGGAGAUCAUGAAACAUCUACGCUGUAUAUGCUUCAUUCGACCAAAGAGGGAGAACAUUGAAAUGCUGUGCAAUGAGUUGAGAAAUCCAAAGUAUGCUGUGUACUUCAUCUACUUCAGUAAUGUUGUCAGCAAAAGUGAUGUUAAAUUGCUUGCAGAAGCAGAUGAACAAGAAGUGGUUCGGGAAGUACAGGAGUUCUAUGGAGACUACAUUGCCAUCUGUCCCCAUGUGUUUUCAUUUAAUACAACUGGUACAGCAAGGGGUAUGAGAUGGGAUCCUCCAGUCUUGAACCGUGUUUGUGCUGGACUCACAUCUGUGCUCCUGUCACUCAAGAAAUGUCCCAUGAUCAGGUAUCAGAACUCAUCGGAGAUGGCCAAGAAACUUGCAGAAACUGUCAGGCAAGUGAUAUCCAAAGAUGCAGGUUUAUUUGAUUUCAAGAGAACAGAUGUUGCACCAGUCUUGCUAAUCUUAGAUAGAAGAGGAGAUGCAGUCACACCGCUCCUCAACCAAUGGACAUAUGAGGCCAUGGUUCAUGAGCUGCUCGGGAUAAGGAACAAACGUAUUGAUCUAUCAGAUGUUCCAGGUAUCUCCAAAGACUUGCAGGAGGUUGUACUUUCAGCUGAACAAGAUGAAUUCUAUUCUAAUAAUCUAUAUAACAACUAUGGAGAGAUCUGCACCAAGAUCAAAGAACUCAUGGAGGAAUUUCAGAAGAAAUCUCAGAGUCAGAAGAAAAUUGAAUCAAUAGCUGACAUGAAGGCAUUUGUUGAGAAUUACCCUCAGUUCAAGAAGAUGUCUGGUACAGUAGCCAAACAUGUAACGGUUGUCCAGGAACUUUCUAGACAGGUCAGGGCAUACAAUCUCUUGGAGGUGUCUGAGGUAGAGCAGGAGUUAGCUUGUCAAUCAGAUCACAAUGAGGCUCUCAAGAGAAUCCGGACAUUACUUGGAAGUGAUAAGGUCCGAGAUCUGGACGCCUGCCGGUUAGUCGCCCUCUACGGUCUAAGAUAUGAGCGUCACACAAACAAUAACUUUGUUGGUCUGAUGGAGAUGUUGAGACGGAGAGGAGUCAGUGAUAAACAUAGAAUGCUUGUAAAGUCUAUCAUCCAGUAUGGAGGAGAGAAAUCAAGAGGAACCGAUCUUUUUGGUCAAGAUAAUCCUAUGGCAAGGACUAGGAGAUUCUUUAAAGGAUUAAAGGAUGUUGAGAAUAUCUACACACAGCAUCGACCACUUAUUUAUGAAACACUUGACCAGCUCUUCAAGGGAAAGCUGAAGGAAGGAGCCUAUCCAUAUCUAGGCAGCAGUCAACUCAGAGAUAGACCUCAAGAUGUUGUUGUAUUCAUGAUUGGUGGUAUCACAUAUGAAGAAUGCUUUGCUAUCUACAACUUAAACCGUGCUACACCAGGGAUUAGAGUUAUUGUAGGAGGUACCACAGUACACAACUUUAAAAGCUUCUUAGAGGAAGUCUCAUUGACAGGCUUAGAGUCACCUUACUGAAAAGGAUACACAAAAACUUGGACUUUAUACAUGCUUCGAAGCCUAGCUGUAGGCUUUCACAUUCUCUGGAAUCUAUUUAUGAACUACAUGUAUGUAGGCAACCAUAGGCAUUUUUAAACUUCCUUUGUAAAUUCAGGACUUAAUGUGAGAAAGGCAAUUUUGUAAUUGUUGACCGGAAUGUGAAAAGAUAGGAAGUGAAUGCACAAGUAGUCACAUUAUAUGGAAAGCGUGUCAGCCAUAGAUUGUGAUGAAAAUAGUCUAUGUUAAUUCAAUGCAUCUUCAAAGGAAAGAUUGCUCCUUGAAAGAUUGAAAUCUCAAGGUGUUUUAAUAAGAAAUUGUUGACCUUAAACUAGCAGUUGAAUUCAUAACAUCAUAACUUUGUGGAGAAAACAUUCACAUACACAUUCAAUUUAAGUUAGCACUGAAUUCAAAUCAUGACAUUCACUUCUUGGGGAUCUACUAAAACCUAGAUAAGCUUGAAAUAUUUUGGUCCCACCCAUAGUUAGGAUAGACCAUGCAACAAUCAAUAUAUUUGCUAUCAAAUGAUUUUCCUUGACUAAGUAGGUUGUUUGACUGACACCUCCAGAUCUUCACAGCUUUGCUAGCUGACCUAGGUGUUAAAGUAAUAAUUCUACCAGCUUAUUUUAGAAUUUGAUUUGCUGCUACUGCAAGACCCUAUGUAUUGUGUUAGACUCUGUGUAUAUGUGUAAACCAGGAAUUAAUUGGGUUCACAUGUUACUUUUUAUCAUUGAAAGUUGUACAUCUGACACCUGUUUACCUGUAAUUUAAAGGGAUGCAUGAAUACCAGUUUGACUUGCUCUUGUGCAAUACUGAAAAGGGAUAGUACUAAUGAUAACUUUUAUUGUAUUAUGUGUUUAUUCUGUUUGGCAUUGAUGUAAAACUUUAUUUUUAUCGGAUGGAGUCAUCAGGUUAAUUCUAAGUCCACUUUUUCUGAUGCUUGUUUUGACACAUUCCUUUCAGUCGUAUAGUAAAUUCAUUUACAACCUGACUUUAUCCAUCUGAUAAAAAUCCAGGCACUCUUCCAUUGUAUUUUAGUAAAUUUCAGUUCGACAUUUCCCAUUUUGUUUUGCUAUAAUUUCAGUCAUAAUACACUGCUACUCACAUGUAGACUGCUUGGUUAGAUGAUCUGAUAAUAGACGGAAUGCUAAUUUGACAACAUUUCUACAGCUCAGUUUAGAAAAUGACAAGUAGACUGUAUUAUUAGCUUGUGGUUUUUUUUUAACCCCUAAUAUUUACAUGAAGAAUACACUGGGAUGUGUUGUGUCCACUUCUUUUGCACUACUUCUGGAAGUGGGAUGAAUGACAGUCCCUUUCUCUUUAUGAAUUGAAGCCCCCCCCCCUCGUUUUCUUAUUCUUGGAUUCUUCACUAUUUUCCUUUUAUUUUUUCCUUUAAUUGAAAAUGUCAUUUAUUUUGAAUGGAUAUAUUUUGCUUUUCUAAAACAAUUCUGAAACCCUGGAUCUGCCCCUGCACCCAUUUCCUUAACAUUCCACCAAGCUAUAAAGCUCCUUUUCAUGUAGUACAAAUGAAUGCGUUGGAUAUCUUGGAAAAAAUGGAUAAACAGAGAAUGAGGAUGACCGACUGGAAAUAAGACUUUAUAGACAGAUAUGUGAUUAGAAAUACAUUAAUCAUUAAGCAAGUGAAGAUUUUUGUUCAUUCUGUGGUGUUGAAACACCAAAUGAAAUGGAUUAUUCUAAAAAUCUCAGAUCUGGCAAUAGAGGAGGCAUAAUUUUUACUCUGCAUUUUAAAGAAACAACUAGUUAUUUAUCAAAAUAGGAUUUUUUAAAUCUUAUUGUUCGGUCACAAAUACUUCCCUCUAGUUUCAUAUCUGUUGUGGAUAUUCAUAUGCAAUGUUAGUUAUAUUGUUUUUAUAGGUAUAUUGUCUAUAAAAAUAAAUCCUCAUGCAAGCUUGAUAGCCUUGUUCUAUGAGUUUGACAAAUAUAUAUCAUCAUCCAUGUUUUUCAUAUGACAUACAAUUGUUUUUGAGAUAGCAUUUCAAUCAUCAUUUGAAAAAUACGUGUAGGUGAUUUUGCUAUUUUAUUUUAGAAUACCAAUAAAAGUCAAAUUAAUCAAUCCUUUGUAUUGCAACAAAACUAAUUUGAAAUUAAUUGGAAAUUGCAAUUGAAAGAUCAAUUUUAAUAAUUGGAAGUUUGUCAAUGCUUUUUGUUGCAAGAAACAGUCAUCAUAUUAAUUGCAAAUGUUUAUUUAACUUCAAGACUUAUGCCUGAUUUUGGCACAGGAUGUUUUGUUACUGUAGUGCGUCAUUUGGCUACCAAUAUUAUGGCUUACAUGGGAUUUUAAUUUUCUCUUUCGGAGUGGAAUAGCACAUGGACCAAAUGAGUUAUAAUCAUGGGAAACAAAUAAGAAUUUUGAUUUGCAGUUACUAUUCCACAUUCGUCAAAAUCAGUAUGAGAUAGUACUUGAUGUCAGUCAUGAUGGGUGAAUUUUCAUUAUUUAUAUAUGUAUAUAUAUCUGUAUAUAUAUACAGAGAGAGAUAGAGAUGUACAUAUAUUUCUUCUUUUAAAUAAGGCAAAAUUUACUUCCCAAAGAAUAAAAUGAUUACAAAUUACACAUGGUUAAUAAUCUAUUUUUUCAUUAAAAAAUACAACUCACUUCUGCUCUUAUUUUAAAUCUGUUUGAAUAUGCACAGUCAAUAAUACUCUGUCUAUAUGUAUUACUGAAGAUUUGACAAUGACAAGGCCUGGAUAAUGAAUGUGGAUUUUUCUUAUUCUUUUUUUUUAACUAAACCUUGCAAAGUAGCAUAACAAGAAAUAAAUUGGUAAUUUUGCUUUAAACAAUUUUCACUCAAUUGUGUCUGUAAAGCUUAAAGUUAUGUGCAUUGAGGGACUAGAUAUUUUGCUUUCUGAGGUAGUUUGAAAUUAGAGGGGGGAGGGGCAAAUGAAAUUUUCUUAGAUUUAGCUAUAUUGAUAUGUAUGUGUAAUAGGUGAUUAUUUAAAAAUUGAGGGGCCUGUCUGGAUCUGCCUUUGAGAUGGUGCUCGAAGCGAUUAUCCCCCAGCACCAUUUGCUUUGAAAUAUGAAUGUUAUUUCUGAUUGUUUAUUGUCUUAAUAAUUUAAUUCAAUACUGAUAAGACUGAUGGUGAUGAUGAUGAUGAAGAUGAUGAUUAUUUGUUAACAGUGUUAUUAGAUAAAGUGCACAGAAGAUUUCUGACCCCCACUCAUGAAAAACACUGCUUCUGUCCACAAUGAAAAGUGUUUCAAAACUAACUCCUUGCAAAGAGGAAUUGCUCUUGCAUUCAUUCUCAUCUUUAAUCUUGUUAUAUUUGCAUAAUUUACAUUAAACAUUCCUAUUUUCAUAUUGUAAUACAAUUUAUGACUGUAAAUAGUUAAUAAGAUCGCAUUGAUUGAGCUAAUAAGUCAGAUCAAUGGAUGCGAUCUUAUUUACUGGGUUUAAAGUCAUAAAUUGUAUUUACAAUAU